UCUGCUGUCACCAUCCUGGAACCUGGAAGGCCACCCAAGAUGGACAAGGCUGCUAUAUUGAGUGAUGUUGUUCGAAUGGUUACUCAGUUGCAAAGUGAAGCCCAGAAGCUGAAGGAAUCAAAUGAGAGCCUACUGGAGAAGAUCAAAGAGCUGAAGGCUGAGAAGAAUGAACUUGGUGACGAGAAACAAAGGCUGAAGACAGAGAAAUAAGAGAAGCUGGAACAGCAAGUCAAAAAUCUGAGUGCUCCACCAAGCUUUCUACCUCACCCUACGACUAUCCUAGCUGCAUUUACUGCCCAAGGCCAAGCUGCUGGUAACAAGCUGAUGCCGUUCAUUGGCUACCCAGGGGUUGCAAUGUGGCAAUUCAUGCCAUCCGCUGCAGUUGAUACCUCACAGGAUCAUGUUCUCCGGCUCCCAGUUGCUUAAGAUCUGUCUGCUUUCAAUUUCCUGGAGAAAUGUUCAAUUAUUCUUCCGUCUUUAUUCCCACUACGUCAGUUUUGGUUAGAUCUUGGAAGUUUGAAUGACGUAGAAUAUUAGGCGGGUGAUUACACACUGGAAUUUGUGAACUUCCAUUUUAUCGUUGCUUCAUAAUUGUAAAAUUUCAAUAACCAAAUCUGGUAAUUUAUUUGAAUUUCUGUCACAUUCUAGUCCUCA